UUUAAUUAGAGGUCAAAAUAAAUUUACUAAAUAUUUGGAGGUUAUUAAUCACUGUUCAGACAUGAGCGAAAUUAAAUACACAAUUGGAGUGUUGUGUAAAUUACUGAAUUUACUAUUUCACGAUUUAAAUUUGUCAGUUGAACAUUUUCGUAUGGCCAAAGAGAACAAAAACAAUAAAAUUCUGAUGGAAACUUUAGGAAAAUUAUUACGAAACUUAAAAUACGAGAAAAUUGACUUUGGUGAUUUCCCAAAGUCCCUGAAAUUUGGUAGCAGAAAGAUGCUCUUCUUAAUUGCCUUUAUAAUUGCAAAGCCAUCAUUGGACCAAUUAUUUUUUGAUAAAUUGAAAACGUCACCUUUCGAUGAAAACUAUGAUUUCUUAAAAGUAGAAAACCGGAAGCAUGCUAAUAUUUUUAAUUUUGUUAAUGAGGAGGAACGAAAUUAUGACUUAAUGCUGUGGAUUAAAGGGAAGUUGGAGCAAAAUUUGAUGCAAAUUCAAGAAUAUAAAAAGCAAAAUAAAACAAUUAUAAAAAAAUUACAUGUAAAUAGUUCUGACAAUUCAGAUAAUUUAUCUGUAAACAAAAUUUUGGCAUUAUCAAACAAGUUUUUAUGCAAACAGUUCAUGGAAGAGACGAACGAAUUGAUGGAUAUUUUGGAAAAUUUGUUAAUCUGGAAACGGAAGGAACAUGUGUUUUGGAAAUGGAUGGCACAGUGAGAUCUUCUACUUAAUAGUUAAAUUAGAAAUAAUACCGAAUUGUUGUCUGAGGAAAAGAACAUUAUUCUAGAUUACUGUCAAACCUAUUUCUUAAAUAUAAUUCUUCUAAUAUUUCUGAAGAUUGUAGAGCACUUACUGUAAAGAUAAGAACAACUAAAUAGAUUAAAAGUCCUGAGACAGUGUAAAUAAAAGUUUAA